AAAUUGAACACAGUUGAAGGUACUGCAUCAUUCUGCCAGCCUCACAGAUAGAAUUUUAAGGUCUUUCGAGUGGGAGUAGAUCGUCAGCUGGACAAAGCUUUUUUGAAGAAUGACGUCGAGGUGCCCCAGAUGCACAAAAGAUGUGUUUUUUGCUGAGAAAGUGAGCUCGCUGGGGAAGAACUGGCACCGGUUCUGCCUGAAAUGCAAACGCUGUAACAAAACCCUGUCGGCUGGCAACCACGCUGAGCAUGAUGGACUGCCCUACUGUCACAAACCAUGCUACGGAACUCUCUUUGGACCCAAAGGUGUGAACAUCGGAGGGGCAGGCUCCUACAUCUAUGAGACUCCUCAACCCACCUUCGACUGCCCCUCCGAGGGAUCCCCCACCACACCAUGGACCACCAUGCAGGUCACCUGGAACCAACCCAAAGUUCUUCCCCCUCCAACCAGGACAUUUGCUGGAGAGACCUCACUCUGUCCUGGCUGUGAGAAAGUGGUCUAUUUCGCAGAGAAGGUGAUGUCCCUGGGUAGGAACUGGCACAGACCGUGCCUGCGCUGUGAGAGGUGUAAGAAGACACUGACCUCUGGUGGACAUGCUGAGCAUGAAGGGAUACCUUAUUGCCACGUCCCUUGCUACGGAAUCCUGUAUGGACCAAAAGGAGUGAACAUCGGCAACGUGGGCUGUUACAUCUACGAGAAAGAAGGCAUGGCGCAAACUGAAAUACCCAGCCAGUCCUAGCCACACACUGAAAGUGAGAUGAAUGUAAAUAGCCAAUAGAAAACUCUGGUUAAAUGUCCUCGGUUUGCGGUUUCAGUUUGAUUUGGGUAAUUUCAGUGAUUGAAAUGACUGAAUUGAGUGACUGAAGUUGUUGUGAUGGAACCGACCAUGCGACCACAGGUCAACAUGAGGUCAUGUUUCUUUAUUUGUUUUCAUGAUCACAGAAAUUAUAUCACAUGGAAGGGACAUUUACAAAAAAAAUUCUGCAUUUUAUUCAAAUGUAUUAACGUAAUAAUGUUUAGAAAUAUUUAAAUCAUGUUUGCAACCUAAAGUUAUAAAGCAUUAUACCGGCACACUUUAAGUGUUUUUACAUAUAUAUUUAAUAUAUGCAUAUACAGUACCAGUCAGAAGUUUGGAUACACCUACUCAUUCAACAUUUUUUCUUAAUUUAACAUUUUCUACAUUGUAGAAUAAUAGCGAAGACAUCAAAACGAUGAAAUGACACAUAUGGAAUAUUAAAUAUUAAAUAAUGCAUAUGGAAUCAUGUAUUAACUACAAAAGUGUUAAACAAAUCAAAAUAUAUUUUAGAUUUUAGAUUCUUCAAAGUAGCCACCCUUUGUCUUGAUGACAGCUUUUCACAUUCUUGGCAUUCUCUCAACCAGCUUCACCUGGAAUGCUUUUCCAACACUCUGCGGUGGCUGCUUUUCCUUCACUCUGCGGUCCAACCGAUCCCAAACCAUCUCAAUUGGGUUGAGCUCGGGUGAUUGUGGAUGCCUGGUUACCUGAUGCAGCAUUUGAUUUGGGCUCAUCAAACCAAAGGACAGAUUUCCACCGGUGUAAUGUCCAUUGCUCGUGUUUCUUGGCCCAACCAAGUCUCUUCUUAUAAUUGGUGUCCUUUAGUAGUGGUUUCUUUGCAGCAAUAUUACCAUAAUAAUAUUACAGAUUCACGCAGUCUGUUGAGAUGUGUCUGUUACUUGAACUCUGUGAAGCAUUUAUUUGGGCUGAAAUUUCUGAGGCUGUUAACUCUAAUGAACUUAUCCUCUGCAGCAGAGGUAACUCUGGGUCUUCCUUUCCUGUGGAGGUCCUCAUGAGAGCCAGUUUCAUCAUAGCGCUUGAUGGUUUUUGUGACUGCACUUGAAGAAACUUUCAAAGUUCUUGAAAUGUUCCGUAUUAACUGACCUUCAUGUCUUAAAGUAAUGAUGGACUGUUGUUUCUCUGAGCUGUUCUUGCCAUAAUAUUUGUAUUUAUUUAUUUUACUAGGCAAGUCAGUUAAGAACAAAUUCUUAUUUUCAAUGACGAACAGUGGGUUAACUGCCUGUUCAGGGGCAGAACGACAGAUUUUGUACCUUUGUACCUUGUCAGCUCGGGGAUUUGAACUUGCAACCUUUCGGUUACUAGUCCAACACUCUAACCACCCUGCCGCCACCAAUAAUAAGAAGAGACUUGGUCUUUUGCCAAAUUGGGCUAUCUUCUGUAUACCAACCCUACCUUGUCACAACAUAACUGAUUGGCUCAAACACAUUAAGAAGGAAAGAAAUUCCUCAAUUAACUUUUAACAAGGUACACCUGUUUUGCAGGUACACCAUUUGCAUUAUUUAAUAGUUGUGAUGUCUUAACUACUAUUCUACAAUGUAGAAAAUAGUAUAAAUAAAGAAAAACCGUUGAAUGAGUAGGUGUCCAAACUUUUGACUGGUACUGUAUAAAAUCUGUAUACAACAAUAGGCUCAUAUUCAAUAUUAAAGAUUGAUUGCAUGCAUUUGCCAAUGGUUAUGGUGAAGAAUAAUGCACAAAGAGUUAUGAUACAUUAUCAAAUAUAAUCUUGUUCCUCAUUGAUAUGAAACAGAAAAGGAGUCUUUUCUAAAUAAGAUAAUGUAAUAUUGGAAUUAAGUGUAAAUUACAAUUUGUAUGUGACGAAUAACACUUGAAUUAUGCUUCACA